AUGUCGCCCGUGCGCCUCGAGACUACCACGGUCGCUUCUCGCCUCCCCCCCGUCCCGGCGUUCCCGUCUCACGUACCACCCUCUCUCGACAAGGCAGCCGGAGCUAAGUCAGCCUGUCCUCCUGCUGCAGCUGGUGUUCCGGCCGCCCCCCCAGCUGCGCGGGUACGUGGGGCGGACAAAGGAGACGCAAGUCCAUCGCGUGUUUUGAGGGAUCUGGCGGGACAGCUUGGUGGGCAAGGGGCAUCGUCACGUGAUGGGCUGGGGGUCGUCGGGAAGGUGGGGCACGCAGGGGGUGUUGCCGGUGCUGCGGGAGUCUCUAGACAGCCCGGGCCGGGGCGUCCGCGGCAGGGUGAUGCCAGUCUACCGACGGCACCGUCAAUCGAGUCAGAGCCUCGGCGACGAGAGAGUGCCCUCGCUGUCUCUGGAGAGGCUGAAGAAUUCCUACCGGACGAGGAGAGGCGGCGUUCGCUCUUGGACAACCGCGGGGAUGUCCAACGAAGGCCAUGGAAGGCCGGUACCCACUGCCCUCGUGGAGGUGGAGCACGGUCGUUUGGGGGUCCUUUCCUCCACCGACGCGUACUUGUUCCAUUUCAAGGAGAGUAG